AUGGAAACUCCACAGAAAAUCGUUUGCAAAGCUGCAAUCGCCUGGGCGGCUGGUGAACCACUCAAGAUCGAGGACAUCGAGGUCGAGCCGCCGAGAAAGGAUGAAGUUCGAAUCAAGGUGCUCUACACUGGUAUUUGUCAUACCGACUAUUACACCCUGUCUGGAAAUGACCCCGAAGGCGAUUUUCCUUCAAUAUUAGGUCAUGAGGGUGGGGGUAUUGUGGAAAGCAUCGGAGAGGGGGUCACUGAUGUCAAACCAGGUGAUCAUGUGAUCCCACUUUACACCGCUGAAUGUCGAGAAUGCAAGUUUUGCACUUCAGGAAAAACCAACUUGUGUGGCAGAGUUCGAGAGACUCAAGGUAAAGGUGUCAUGCCUGAUGGAACCGUGAGAUUCUACUGUAAAGGUCAACCCAUCAAGCACUUCAUGGGUUGUAGUACCUUUAGUCAGUACACCGUGGUUUCAAAAUUUAGUGUGGUAAAAGUGGUGGAUGAAGCCCCUUUGGAUAAGGUAUGCUUACUAGGAUGCGGUAUCACUACCGGGUUUGGGGCGGCUACUAAGACAGCAAACGUGACGGAGGGUUCCACUGUCGCGAUUUUUGGGAUUGGCUGCGUUGGACUAGCAGUCAUCCAAGGCUGCGCGGCCCGGAAAUGCAAGUCGAUCGUCGCGGUGGAUGUGAAUCCUGGCAAAGAAGCUUGGGCGAAAAAGAUGGGUGCCCACGAAUUCGUCAAUCCCAUCAAGACUGAAAACCUUGCCCAGGACCUUACCACAAAACAUAGCGAUGGAGGGUUUGACUACACUUUUGAUUGCACGGGAAACGUAGAUGUGAUGAGGACUGCGUUAGAGGUAUGCCACAAAGGCUGGGGUGUGAGCACAAUCAUUGGGGUUGCAGCUGCAGGCAAGGAAAUUGCCACUAGACCAUUCCAAUUAGUCACUGGUAGAAAAUGGCAAGGCAGUGCGUUUGGAGGUGUAAAAGGCCGCACCGAGAUACCGGGCUUGGUUGACGACUAUUUGAAAGGUGUCCUAUCAGUAGACGACUAUGUCACUCAUCACAGGGACUUCGGAUGCAUCAACGAAGGCUUCCAAGAUAUGAAAGAUGGAAGUUGUAUCAGAUGCGUGGUCGAUAUGUGGAAGAUCAGCAAGACCAACUGA